GCCCUUCCACCCUCACUUCUCACUUGCAGAAAUCCCAUACAAAAAUCGAGCGGGAAAUAGAGAGAGCAACUGCAAACAAAAUGCCUUGUGCUCCUCCAUCUCCAGUUUUGCUCUCAAAAUGCACUGUUUUUCCUGAUCAGAAAUCCACCAUGGAAGACCUCAAACUUUCUGUCUCUGACCUCCCCAUGCUUUCUUGUCACUAUAUCCAAAAGGGUGGCCUCUUUACCCGCCCUUCUAUCCCCAUUGAAUCUCUUGUUUCUCUCCUGCGACGUUCCCUUUCUCAAACACUUUCUCACUUCCCUCCACUCGCAGGUCGCUUGAAAACCGACUCUGAUGGGUAUGUUUACAUAACCUGUAACGAUGCAGGCGUAGAUUUCAUUCAUGCCAGUGCUACCCAUAUCUUCAUUCGUGACGUUUUGUCCCCAGUUCAUGUCCCCGAGUGUGUCAAGGGCUUCUUUGCUUUUGACCGGAUGGUCAGUUACAAUGGGCAUCACAGCCCAAUCCUGGCAGUUCAGGUCACAGAAUUAGGCGACGGUGUUUUCAUUGGGUGUGCAGUUAAUCACUCGGUCACUGAUGGAACUUCCUUCUGGAAUUUCUUUAACACUUUCGCUGAAUUAUCAAGAGGAAUCAAGAAAAUCACAAAAGUCCCUGAUUUUACAAGAGACUCUAUGUUAAUAUCACCGGCGGUGCUAAAACUUCCCGAAGGCGGACCAAAGGUGACUUUCAAUGAGAAUGAGCCAUUAAGUGAAAGAAUCUUUAGCUUUAGCAGAGAAGCAAUCUUGAAGCUAAAAGCCAAAGCUAACAACAAGAAAUGGAUUGAUAAUUCAGUCGAAUUAAUGGGUAAGCAAAUUAAUGAUCCAUAUAUUAACAACAACAAUGGAAAGAUGACGAUCAUGAGUUCAAUUCUCGAAACUCUUUUAAAAAACGCCGUCGUUUCAAAACAGCAAGAGCCAGAGAUUUCAUCGUUUCAAUCUUUAUGUGCGUUGUUAUGGAGAGCAGUGACACGUGCAAGGAAGCUAAGUCCGACAAAAACGACGACGUUUAGAAUGGCAGUGAACUGCAGGCCAAGAUUGAACCCGAAGUUGGACCCGUUAUACUUUGGGAACGCAAUUCAAAGCAUACCAACAUACGCAUCAUCCGGUGACGUUUUGUCUAGGGAUUUGCGAUGGUGUGCUGAGCUGUUAAAUAAAAAUGUGAUGGCUCAUAACGACAGUACGGUACGUCGUUUCGUAGAGGAAUGGGAAGAGAAUCCCCGGUGUUUCCCGUUAGGGAACUUUGACGGUGCAUCAAUGACAAUGGGUAGCUCACCUAGAUUUCCAAUGUACGAUAACGAUUUUGGGUGGGGCCGACCUUUGGCGGUAAGGAGCGGUAGGGCCAAUAAGUUCGACGGUAAGAUCUCCGCUUUUCCGGGAAGAGAAGGCGGCGGUAGUGUGGAUCUUGAGGUUGUCUUGAAGCCUGAAACAAUGGCUCUGAUCGAGUCUGAUUAUGAGUUCAUUCAAUAUGUUUCUAGCUAAAAGUCAUUGGGUUUAACGGCGGUGAUGGUGCUAAUGUCUCUUUUCCUUUUUUUAAUUUUGGAUUUAGCCUUUUGUUUCUUCCUUGAGGGCUAGGUGGGACCUGGAGUUUGAAUGGUGCUAAUUGAUAUGGGUGGCAAGAGAUGAGGAUAAGAAGAGGAUGUUUUCAUAUUCUGUAAUUUUGUGACAUAUUAUUAUUAUUAUUAGUAAGUAAUGUACUUUUAUGUUAACCUUU